AUGACAUCUCUUGAAAUUCCCAUGAACGAUGAAUCGACAUCCCAUAUGCAUUCUUCACAGAUUUCUUCAUCCACAGAGCCAACAACUCACAACACGCAGUUGUCUUCUUCUGCUACGUCAAGCCUCAUUGUUCCGGCGCAGCCACCCUCUCAAGCAACCUCGUGGAUACGCAUGGACUUCACCAACGAGGAGACUUCAGGGGCGGAGCAAAUGGAACUGAGAAAAUUGGAUAGUUUUGAAGUGGAGCACAAGGAAAAGGAGACCCCAGCCGAACAGCUGCCACUGAGCCCACCACUCACUCGCGUACCUACCACCGACAGUACGAGCGUGCGCAUCUUAACACCGCCACUGGAAAAUGAAGAAAGUCAAGGUCUGGAGGAGGUGGACAUUGUUGAAUGGUAUCCCCUUGCACGCCCGGAGUCGUCAGCCAAGGUUGACAGCUUGUCCUUACACGACCUCGAUAUCGGUUCAGAGACAGAUAAGAGACCUCGGAGGCGAACAAAUCGUAAACCAGCGCAUCUAAAUCUUGAAUUUAGGGAGCCUUCACCUCAGCCUUGGGAUGUCAUCGAUCCGCCGCUUGACAGUGACCAUGUCGAAGCUGGGUGUUACUCGCCUGUAAGGUCUCCAAUGUACGCGUCUCAGCGAACUGGGCGUAGACGACCCUUGAUUCCCCACUCAUCAUACUACUAUGGACCACCUCCAUCAGACUCGGCCUACGGAACGUCUCCAGUUGGACAGAUUGGUGUUCACCACCCUCGAGAAAUUGUACGCAUUGAAAGGGAUUAUGGCGGGGGGGAACUGACUCAGUUCUCUUCAAUAUAUCCCAUUGAACUUGACGGCCGAAUAACACCGACUCAAUUCAUGGAGACCAUCAACGACAUCAACGAGCUUCUAAUCUCCGCGCAUAGCGUUCGGCACUCCUUUAUAUACAAUUUUCUCGCAGUUGCCACACUGCACCUCUCGACCCUAUUCAUCACGUCACACUACGAUAAGGAGAUGCGGCGGCUAAAGCAAAAGAUCGAGAGAAUAAAUACCCAAAUUUAUAACCCCGUUGGCCUCAACAUUUUGUGGCCCCGGAACGUAGCUUUUCUUUUCGUAAGUAUUUUCAUCAUUCAAGGGUCCUUGUGCUCAUCAUUACUCCACGACGAUCCGUCGCUUGACAACAACAGCUAG